AAAAAUAAGCUGGAUCAAAACAGUUCUAAAAUUACAUUACAAAAACGAAGAUGUUUUUGGUUGUAAUAGCCACGUUGGCCUCGGUGGGUUUUGCCGCAGAUGUUCAGCUCAUCGAUGGUAUCACCCCUAAAGUCCUCCCACCGGUUAAUUACCAAGAAAGUUUAAUUUUAAGCGAAAUUCAGGAGCAGCUCAGUAGGAAAAUCGUAUCAGAAAUUUCUUGGGAGAAAGUAAGGGAUUUGACUUUGGAAAAUGGAUUCGAGGCAAAUGGAAAUAUUCAAGCCGACGUAACUGAUUAUGCUUUAAAAGUCGUAAAAAAUAUCGAGAAUCUUAUCAUUGAAGGAGGUUUGGAUCCAUUGGCGUUAUCCAACCAGAGCAUAAAUAUGAUAGUGGGCUCGAUCACACUUACGGAUGGUUGGCUGCAGGAACUAUCCACCCUCAACAUUUCCGACGCCGUAAUCGCAAAAUACACCCAAACCACCGGUGUUUUAGAACUUACUUUACCGUUGGCAUUUGACUCUAUUUUGAUUAGUUAUGACUAUCAUACAAAGGUUCUUCUUUUAUCAAUCAAAGGUGCCAUUGAUGCCAAAGUAAAACAUGUCAGUAUGAAUCUUCAUAUGGGCUUCAAUUUUACUAACUAUCACGCUUUUGUUGAUGAUGUGGAUAUUACAGAUACUGGUUCCAUCACUAUCAAAUUGACUGGAUUAGGCCUUUUAGACUGGAUCAUAGAAAUGAUCACCAAUACUCUGACAGCGCUGUUUCAUUCCAUUAUUAUCUGGGUUGUAAAUUUGGUGAUUUAUACUCCAGUAAAUAUGGUGGUUAAUGCUAUUAACGAUGCAAUUGAUAGCGUCUUGAAUGGGAGUAACAGUACUUUGUUAAAUUAUUAUAAUUGAAAUUUAUAAAUACAUUGUUUUAUCUGUU